GGAUUAGGUAGUGCUCUCACUUCGCCUUCUCUACACAAACAAAACUGGUUCGCUAAGAGCUCCGACAAUGGCUGUCUGCGCAACUCACUCCUCUCUCAUGAUAGCAUACGCCGCAUCCAAGGACCUUACAAUUCCGUCUCUUUUCUCAUCUGCCAACCCAAGACCCAACAAGUUGAGCGUCGCACUCUAUCCCCCUCUUGUUCUCCUUGCGGGGAGAAGAGCUUCGAACCCAUCCUUCCCGGUGGUUGUCUCAGCCGUAGCCGCAGAGGCUGAUGUCGACACGGAGGACGCGGAGCAGAACGAAGCCACCUCCACCACCGCCACAGCCGUCCUCGAUCCGCCAAAGCCUAAGAAAGGAAAAGCAGCUUUGCUUCUCAAGAGAGAUAGAACAAGGUCUAAGAGGUUUCUGGAAAUCCAAAAGCUAAGGGAAACCAAAAAGGAGUACGACGUCAAGACUGCUAUAUCUUUGCUUAAGCAAACCGCUAACACAAGGUUUGUGGAGUCGGUCGAAGCCCAUUUCCGUCUCAACAUCGAUCCUAAGUACAAUGAUCAGCAGCUGCGAGCAACCGUGAGCCUUCCUAAAGGAACAGGGCAAACUGUUAAAGUGGCUGUUCUUGCACAAGGUGAGAAGGUCGAUGAAGCAAAAAAUGCAGGGGCAGAUAUUGUGGGCAGUGAUGAUUUGAUCGAACAGAUAAAAGGAGGGUUCAUGGAGUUCGAUAAGUUAAUUGCAUCCCCGGAUAUGAUGGUCAAGGUUGCUGGCCUGGGAAAGAUUCUUGGUCCACGAGGACUCAUGCCAAAUCCCAAGGCUGGUACCGUCACAGCUAACAUUCCACAGGCUAUAGAAGAGUUCAAGAAGGGAAAAGUAGAAUUCAGAGCAGACAAAACUGGGAUUGUUCACAUUCCGUUUGGGAAAGUGAAUUUCACAGAGGAAGACCUGCUCGUAAACUUCCUUGCAGCAGUGAAAUCGGUGGAGACAAACAAGCCAAAGGGAGCAAAAGGAGUGUACUGGAAAAGCGCACACAUAUGUUCGUCAAUGGGGCCAUCCAUCAAGUUGAACAUAAGGGAGAUGAUAGACUUCAAGCCAUAAAUAACCACAUUUGUGUUUUUUUUUUUGUGAGUGUAGGCGAACACCAUUAGUUAUCUCUUGUAUACCUCACCGGUUGUAUCACCUUAACUCUGAUAAGACCAUUUGCUUUAUUGAUUAUUACUGUUAAAAUUGCGAGGCCUCUAUUGCCUUAA